UGUAGAUAACAAAUCUAGGUCUUCAGAUGUUUGUAUUCAGUAGACCCAGAUUCAAAACUGUUUUCGAGUCCUUUAACGUUACGAUUAAUGUAUCUUCGCCUGUAUUAAAUCACGUGUUUUAGUUGUGUUUGAUAGAUAACGUUAUAUAACGUUAGAGGAAACGGCGGGCGCAUUAUCAUCAGAGUUAUUAGCGGUGAUCCAGGAUGGCAGAAGCUCAUCAGGCUGUGGCCUUUCAGUUCACUGUCGGCCCUGAUGGCAUUGACCUCCAGCUCAGUCAUGAGGCUCUUCGGCAGGUCUACCUCUCUGGAGUUCACUCCUGGAAGAAUAAAUUCAUUCGCUUUAAGAAUGGGAUUUUGAAUGGUGUUUACCCAGGGAGUGCACCAGGGUUCAUGCUGGUGUUGGCGGGGUACUUGGGAAGAGCUCAUUAUUUAAAAGUGGACCCUUCUUUAGGCCUGCUCUUCAAACUUGGCAGACAUGUCCCAGUCAGUAGGUACAUGUCUACACAAAAGCAGAUGUUAGUUGGGGGUGUCAUGGUGGGCACGGGUCUGUGGAUUGCCAUCAUAUUCAGCAUGAGGACUGUCCUGAAGGGUCUGCUGUCCUGGCACGGCUGGAUGUUUGCUCCCCAUGGCAAAAUGACCUGGCAAAUUCGACUAUGGCUGAUGCUAGUCAAGAUUUUUUCUGGCAUGCAAACACCAAUGUUAUACAGCUUCCAGAACUCUCUCCCUAAUUUACCUGUGCCAUCUGUGAAGGACACCGUGAGAAGAUUUCUUGAGUCAGUUCAACCACUGCUGAGUGACGAGGAACACAGAAGAAUGCAGAGUCUUGCACUUGAUUUUGAGAAGAACCUUGGACCAAAACUCCAGUGGUACCUCAAGCUGAAGUCUUGGUGGGCCACCAAUUAUGUCAGUGACUGGUGGGAAGAAUAUAUAUACUUAAGAGGUCGUGGGCCAAUCAUGGUUAACAGCAACUAUUAUGUAAUGGACUUUCUUUAUGCCUUUCCUACACAUCUGCAAGCAGCAAGAGCCGGCAACGUCAUUCAUGCAAUCAUGCUUUACAGGAGGAAGCUGGACCAGGCUCAAAUCAAGCCGCUUAUGCUUCAAAACACCAUCCCUAUGUGCUCGUCCCAAUAUGAGCGCAUGUUCAACACCAGUCGCAUCCCAGGCAUAGAAACAGACACAGUUCAGCACAUGUCUGACAGCAGGCAUAUUGUGGUGUAUCACCGAGGCCGUUACUUUAAAGUAUGGAUGUUUUAUGAUGGACGGUUACUGUUGCCGCGGGAGCUAGAGCAGCAGAUGGAGAGGAUUCUGGCUGACACCUCAGAGCCGCAGCCUGGAGAGGAAACCCUCGCCGCCCUCACUGCAGGGGACAGAGUGCCUUGGGCGUGUGCCCGUGAUGCCUACCUCAGACACGGCAAGAACAAGAAGUCUCUAGAUACUGUGGAGAAAGCUGCUUUCUUUGUUACACUGGAUGACACAGAGCAGCGCUAUGAUCCAGCAAAUCCUGUGGAGUCCCUGGACCGUUACGCUAAAUCACUGCUCCAUGGGAAGUGUUAUGACAGGUGGUUUGAUAAGUCCAUAAACUUAAUUGUCUUCAAGAAUGGAACCAUGGGCCUUAAUACAGAACAUAGCUGGGCUGAUGCUCCUAUUGUCGGCCACCUCUGGGAGCAAGUGCUCUCGAUGGACCCUGUUAAGCUGGGCUACACAGCAGAUGGCCACUGUAGAGGAGAACCUCACCCUAAUCUUCCUGGACCUCAAAGACUACAGUGGAAUAUUCCACAUGAGUGCCAGACUAUGAUUGCCAACUCUCUGUCUGUGGCUGUGGCUUUGGCUAAUGAUGUGGACUCGCACAUCAUCCCCUUCAGUGACUUUGGAAAAGGCCUGAUCAAGAAGUGCAAGAUCAGUCCUGAUGCCUUCAUCCAGCUCGCACUGCAGCUGGCUCAUUAUAGGGACAAAGGAAAGUUCUGCUUGACUUAUGAGGCAUCCAUGACCCGUUUAUUCAGAGAAGGCCGUACAGAAACUGUGCGCUCCUGCACAGUGGAAUCCUGUGCUUUUGUCCGUGCCAUGAUCAGUAACAAAACGAGAGAAGAGAAACUUGGCUUACUAACCCAGGCCGCUGAGAAACACCAGCAGAUGUAUAGAAUGGCAAUGACUGGUCAGGGCACUGACCGCCAUCUCUUUUGCCUCUACAUAGUGUCUAAGUACCUUGGACAGGACUCCCCAUUCCUCCAGGAGGUGCUGUCAGAGCCUUGGAGACUCUCCACUAGUCAGACUCCUUUGCAGCAGGGGGAGCUGUUUGAUCUGGUGAAUCACCCAGAGUAUGUAACCACUGGAGGAGGCUUUGGACCGGUUGCAGAUGAUGGUUAUGGUGUGGCCUAUGUGAUUGUCGGUGAAAAACUCAUAAAUUUCCACAUCUCUUCCAAGUAUUCCAGUCCAGAGACGGACUCUCAUCGCUUUGGAAACAAUAUCAGGCAAGCAAUGCUUGAUAUGCUGAAUCUGUUUCAGCUGGACAAAAAGAACCUAAAGUGAUUUGAUCGGUGAAAGGAUAAUGCUUUUAAUGACUCACCUUAACUAUAUAUGAGCAGUGUUAAAAGAAGCUUGAAUGUGCGUUUUCUUUUUUUUCUUUUUUUGCAUGUGUCUGUGAGAUGAAGCCUAUGAAGGAGAGAAGUAGGUAGGAAGUGUGGAAAUCUCAUUCUGUCCCUGUAUGUGCUGGUGCCUUAACAUAUGUCUUAACUGAAUGGUUCAGUUCAGGUGAAAAAUCGAAAUCUAAAGUAAAACUGGGUUUCAUUACCAAGUCUGCUUUCACUUUCAGUAUAUUUUACUGAGACUGAGUUUCAUAGAUACUUCAAUAGAUGACAUUCUCUUGACAAGAUGUCAAGGAGCAUUAUAAUUACUUGGUUGAAGUGCUGAGCUUACAAAUCAAGCAAUACACAGCUCUCCAUUUGUGCUUUCAGUUUGCAUUCUGAUAUUUAUGGUUUUAAUUCAGUAUUAAGUAAUGAAGGAAAAGAUGAGAUUAUGCAGAUGGAAAGUUUCUGAAUUUCCCAAGUGUGCGCUCAUUUAUUAUGGAUUCUACUUUUUUCUCUCCAACCUGAUGGUUCGAUAUCAUGUUGAUUCAGCAUUGAAAGGUCAACACAUUUUUCUGUGGGAUGUGUUAACACUUAUCAGAGGAUUAAUCACAUUAAAUGGGUCAUAUGAUGCGAUUUCAAGUUUCUUUUCUCUUUGGAGUGUUACAAGCUCUUGGUGCAUGAAGAAGAUCAGUACAGUUGCAAAGGCUAAAGUCUCAAACCCAAAGAGAUAAUCUUUAUAUAAAUUAAAGGGUUAAUCCACCCUAAAAUGAAUGGGUCAUUAAUGUCUUACCCCCAUGUUGUUUUAGACCCAUAAAAGCUUUGUUCUUCUUCAGAACACAAUUUUUGUUAUUUUGGAUGAAAACCGGGAGGCUUGUGACUGUUUCAUAAACUGUCAAGUUACACUGUCAAAGUCCAGAAAAGUAUGAAAGACGUUAUCAGAAUAGUCCAUCUUCCAUCAGUGGUUCUACCGUUAUGGUAUGAAGCGACGAGAAUACUGUUCGUAAGUGAAGAAAACAAAAAUAAUGGCUUUAAUAACCUAAACAUGGCAGCCUUACCUUCUUUCUCUCUAGUCUUUCAGCAUCAAUCUUAAUAUAAAAUGAUAAAAUAAUAUGUGUUCCUGUAGCUCAAAUGGUAGCGAGAGUAAUGUUGGGGGUUCGAAUCCCAGGGAACACAUGAUAUGAGAAAAUUGUUAGCCUGAAUGCAAUGUAAAUCGUUUUGGAUAAAAGCGUCUGCUAAAUUAAUAAAUUUUAAUUUAAUAAUAAGUUUGGAAAUCAUUGUCAAAAAAGGAUUCAAGUUCUGGGGGAAAAAAAUCUGAUGUAUUUAUUUUGUACUCAUAAUAAUGUGUUAUUGAGUAAUUAAUAAGUGUCCUCUCAGCAUGUUUUUAUACUUGGAAAUUCAGAAGAAGCAUUAAACAUACUAUACACAUAUUAAAAAUGUGAAUAAUGGAAGCUGUUCCCCCCGCAGUUAUUCAUGUCUGGUCUAUAAUAAAAUAGCAUGGACAUUUUUUCAAAGAUAAAGGUUCAUACAGAAAUUUUCUGAUAAGAUUAUUCUCAUAAAUAUUACUUAGAGGCUUCACUGAAUGCUGUGUAUUAAAACUACUCAUUUAAUUGUUUGUUCCCACUUUAUAUCAGGUGCCUUUUCAACUACAACCUACAAAAUUAAGAAGUAUAAUGUACUUAUUAUGUUUAUGCUUUUGCUGCUAGUGAGAUGGAAUACAGGUGAGGUUAUGGACAGGUUUGGGUAGAUUUAAGGGUUGGGUCAACAGUUUAAUUAUAGAUGUUAUUAGAGAAAUUAUGCUGGAUUUCUUAGAUGUAAGUACAAUUAAAACUUGUAUAUACAAGAAGUAGAUUGUAUCAAAUAAAAAAUGUAAUUGUUA